AUGGCGGAUGACACUAGCGUUGACGUGGAUCUAAAUGAUGAUGACAAGCACAGUCUUCAGUUCCACGAUGGAGGUUAUCCAAGUACAAAGGAAGACAAAAAGAAAGUUCAGACCCAUAUGUUUACCAAUUUUCCUCACACUGCAGCAUCAGAUGAUGAUGAAGAAAACAUAUUGGACAAGUCUGAACUACUGAAGGAUGACAAGCCGCCUCCAUCAUUCUGGACAUUCCAGUACUACCAACAGUUUUUUGAUGUGGAAACAUACCAAGUGCUGAACAGGAUUCUUGGAUCAAUGGUACCACGCCCUGGUAGCAACUAUCUGAAGACUCAUAUACAACCUAACCCUGACUUAUAUGGUCCAUUUUGGAUAUGUACAACACUGAUUUUCACAACAGCCAUUGCUGGGAACCUGGCUAACUAUUUACAAUCUGGUGGAAAGGAUUAUGAAUGGCGUUAUGAUUUCCAUAAAGUGACAUUUGCAGCAGCAGCCAUAUUCAGUUACUGGUGGUUGGUACCGACAGGCCUGUUUACUUUCCUGUGGUGGCGGGGAAUUAGUGCUGGGUACUCCUUCCUGGAUCUCUUAUCUGUGUAUGGUUAUUCACUCGCAAUAUACAUUCCUAUAUCUAUCCUUUGGGUGGUCCAAGUAGAUUGGCUUCAGUGGAUCCUUGUGUUGGUGGGUGCAGUACUGUCUGGUUCUGUUCUCACACUUAUAUUCUGGCCAGUUUUUAGAGAUGGCAACAAAAGAACGGCAUGGGCUGUUGUUAUCAUUAUUUUCCUACUUCAUACCAGCCUGGCUGUAGGAUUUAAGUUGUACUUUUUCAAUGCUCAAGGCAGUGUUGUAUCUGAUGUUACCACAAUUUCUCCUGUGAAACCAGUGAAACCCACAGCAGCCCUAGAGAAAGCUAUCAAAGCCUCACAGCAAAGUGGAAGUGCUUCAAAUGCAGACACUCUCCCUGCAGGACUUCCAAAAGGCAAUGUGCCACAGGCCAAAGCACCAGACAUUCCCAAAAAGACAAACCUUUCUCAAAAAGAGACCAAGGAGCUUCCUGUGAUGCCAAACCUUAAUACAAAAUUACCAAAACAGACUGAAUCUAAAAACGCUGGUUUAAAUAAGAAACCGUUACCAGCAUCUGAUCUCCCCAAAAAGCAACCAUAAACAAUAUUUUCAAAUGGUAUCAAGUGUUUAGACAGCUGCUGUGCAAGAAUUGAUCAAUUCAUUUCUUUUAGAAUAUUUUUCAUACAUGGAACAUAAAACCAACAAACUUAGCAGAAAGCAAUAUAAGUCAAUAUAUUAUAAUCUGGUGAUAACAGCCUUACUAAUUUCUAUUAGAUGUAGUUAUGUAGCAGUUUUAUCUUUGGCUGAUUGAGUUGAAUUUCACAGAAUUGUAUUCCAUAAGAUGUAAGAUAAUUUAACUUUCAAAAAAAUAUGGGAAGUUGUAUAGAUUUUAGAAAAUAUUUAUUAUUGCUUUUUCAUCACAGAUAUUUAAAUUGUAUUGAAGACAUAGAAAAAAAACUGUAAAUGUAAACAGUGUAUAAUGUUUAUAAGUCACAGUCGUCUGUCAUGUCUUUGAUCUGUAACAUACCAUAGUUAUUCUCCAAUGUAUUAUUCAUGCUUCCAACAUCCUAAUUUUUGCUCAAUGGAAGUGUUAAAGCGUAAGCACAUGUUAUUUUUAAUUUGAGACAGGAGCAUUUUGUGUUGAAUUAUACAUACAUGUAUCAACCAUGUAGAAUGUAAGACAUAGUUUGUUUUUUUGAUAUUUGUAUCUGAUGUCAGAAUGGGGUUAUUGGGCAUGUGUGUAUUUAUAUACCAAGAUAUUGAGACAAUGUAAUUGAGUGUAGGAGUGCUGUUUUUCUUAUUUAUUGAUAUAUAGUUCUUGAUAUUUCAGUAUCUACAUAACUAUGAUAAAUGUGCACUAAGGGUUAAUUCAAAUGCCAAAUACUUUGGAUUGUGAAAAAUAAAAAAAAAAUUCACAAAGAAUCCUAGAUCUUCCUGAAAUUUCAUGUUGAAGUUCCUCUUGGUCCCUAGUUCAGCCUGUUUGAUUUUGGGACUGAUCAGAAAAACAGAAUGGCCGACAGGCAGCCAUCUUCAAUUUCACCUUUUAAAGUUGGAUAUCACUAUUUCUUACAAAGCUCUGAAUGGAUCUCUUAAAUUUCAUAUGAAGACUCUUUUUUGUCACUUGUUGUGCCUGUUUGAUUUUGGGACUGAUCAGAAAAAAAAAUUGCUUCCAUCUUGGAUUUUGCAGUUAGAGAUUAUUGUCACUAUUUCUGCAAAGGAAUGGUAAAAUUUCUUAUUAUUAAGAGCAAAAACAGACGAGACAAGAUAAAGAACGGAAAAGAUUCAACUUUCAAAGAGCAAAUAAAGAUCAAAUAAUCCUUUGGGAUCUCUUGUAAUUCGUUGAAGAAUUGUUUUUUGUACUUCUGCCUGUCAUAUACUGUAAAGAAAACUCUGAAAAAAUUCAAAUCUUUUAAUCAUUCCUUCUGUAUAUAUGUAUAUAUUGAUGGCUACAAAUGUAAACAAAGAAAUCCAAGUUUUAGCAGUAAUCUAUUGGCACAGUGAUGCAAGGAUGAUAACAGUGAUAUACAUGUAUUAAGGUGAUAUUUCCUUUCUGGAAAUGGAAAAUAUUUUUACUAAUGUGAUAAGGUCCAUUUUAUGGAAAACUGAGUGAAUUAUAAAAUACAUUUUUCUAUAGUGAGUGUCAAGUUCCCAAAUUGUGUAAGACACGGCAGUUACUGAUAUCAAAUAUGGCCAAAAAACUCCUGAGGUGUGUUUUAGGAAACUACUUCCUGGUUUUGAAAGUCGUGUAGGAAAAGGUAUUUUGAUUUACUGCUAAGAUCAACAGUACACAUUUCUUUAAUGUUACUUGAAUGCCAACAUGGUAGAAGUUACUUUAGUGCUUCUUAAUUCUUAAUGGCUGUCAUUGCGACGAGGAACUUUCUGAACUCUUAUCAAAUGUCAAUCUUUGAUUAAUAAAAUGAGAUUACUUUACAUG